AUGCUCGGGACCACGUUGUAGCAUAAAUUAUGGUAGCUUCAUACAAUAUCUUACUAUAACGCAGUUUCUGCCUGGUGUGGCUGCCAUGGCAUUCAAUGAAGCCAUUCUUACGGAUGAGAGGCCCAACGUUUUCGAGCUGCUUGCAGAAGAGCAACUGCGAGAAGCGCUCCGCCCCGCACUUCUCUACCUUACCAAGGUGCUGGCCCGUUCAAGACCCGAGCUGUUCUUCUCCGGGCUGUGGAGAUCACGUGACGAGGUCCACCUAAUGCUAGACUCCGCCCUUCAGUGGAUUUUUCUCACGCUAAACGACAGCUCAUUUUCAGAGCACUUCUAUGGUAUAAAGAGAGUUCAAUGGGGUGCGGGAGCAGGACUUAGCACAAAGCAAAUGACCGUCUCCUUUGUCUGUUUAGUUCUAGUUCCGUACCUGAAGGUGAAAGUUGAGCGUCUCCAUUCCGUACUGACGGACGAGAAUGAAACACUCGGAAUGUGGGCGUGGCAGGAUUGCCGAACCCCUACACAGCUCUUGAAACUACUGUUGUUCAAAUCUAUCCCCUACCUACAGUCUCUAUGGACUCUGUGCCACCUUGUGUUUCGACUGAACUACCUGAUUCGUAGCUCACCCCACUAUUCCCCUUUGCACUGGCUGGCCGGAGUGAAGUUGGUACAUUAUCAAGCAACUGACGAUGAUGUGCCGUCAAGAUGGGUGUGGUCGUGGGCCAGUAAGCAGUUGCUCUCUCUUUCUCUCUUCUCCCUGAGACUCCUGCAGUGGUGGUACUCUGGAGAGAACGAGGCAGCUGUUCGCAGAAUGAACUCUCUACCUGUCCCUCCUCCUCCACUACCCACACAGCCAACUCCACCAGUGCUAACAGAUCCCUUCACUUGUCCACUGUGUCACCAGACUAGACGAGACCCCACAACCCUUGCUACCUCAGGGUUUGUUUUCUGUUACGAUUGCAUUGCUCGUCAUGUUGAAGGUCACGGAACAUGUCCUCUGACCCUAUCUCCCUCCUCCCCACACCAGUUGAUUAGACUUUUCUUCUCCUAACUUCUCUCUCUCUCUCUCUUACCACAUACACACACACUCUCUCUGCCUCUCAAGUUAAAGGUGAAUUAAUAAAAGUACAUGUGUGUUUUGCGGAAAUUACAUCUUUUCAUGUUGUCAUUCCAGCCAGCUGGAUUGAAUUAUAUUUUGAAGUGAUUGAAAAAAAUAGGCUAUCAAACAUUGGUAACACACGUUAUGUAUGUUCUGUGUAUGUUGCUGGGCGACCGAUUGUUCAGUUGUCGUGGAAACACAGAUAUGAUGCAACGAUGAUGUCAUUUUUGGUCAGUUCUGAGGAGCGUUCUGUUUUGUUGGUACGACUCCCACCGCUGGCCUGCGUUGCCCAUGGCGCCGCCAUGGUGAUGAGCUGUGUUGGCAUAGAUACUCUCGUUCUCUGGGUCCCCGUUAUUAAUUGAGGGUGUGGUCACAUGAGGGGGCGUGGCCAACGUAACAAUGUCAUCGUAGUCUCCGCUGUCUUCCAGAGCCGGCGGGCUGAGGAGGCCAGAGGCUGAAUCGCUGCGUUUCAUGCUUGGCACCUUGCUCCGUAUCAUCUUCAUGCCUCGCUCCAGUGAAGAUCUCAUGCCUUUCUCAAAACUCCUCCGCUGUGUGACUGGAGGAUGAUACGAGUUACCUGAAGAACUGAGCCCGGCAUCGUACACGGGAUCGUCGAACAUUGACUGUCUGUUCCCGGUGGGGAGUUGGAGUGUGAGCAGCGUCAGUGGCUUCCGCGGUCCGUUCUCCUUCUGCGGAACCUGGGUAUAGUGGUUUGAGAACGAGGUCGAGUCUCGGGUCCCAUUCCCAUUCCCCUGGUAUGUCUGCUCUAUUGUCAUCGUUUUAUCUCUUCGUUGGU